CAAAAACCUCAGAUUAUCAACGCCCCUCCCGCAAUUGCUCACACCAACAUCCAUCACGAUGGCCUCUCUCACGCAAACCUCCCGCACACUCCUGAGGGCAAUCCCACGGCGCGCAUGCCCCUCCGCGCUGCCUGUACGAGCCCUCACAGUCUCAACCAAGAAAUCCGAAGCUGCGAGCUCGUUCGAUAGCCCCUUCAAGGGCGCCGCAAACGAUAAAGCCGGAAGGAUCCCCGAUUUUAGCAACUAUAGAAGCAAGAGUGGAACCACCAACAACCUCGUCUUUCAAUACUUUAUGGUCGGAACGAUGGGUGCGUUGACGGCGGCUUCAGCGAAGGGUACAGUACAAGGUACGUUGUGGACGAACGCGGCGAAGGGUAUUCGAUAUGGAGUCGGAAGCAGGAUUUUGUGUCAAGGCUGGCUAUGAAAGAUUUAGAUGGGGAGAAUUUGGGCCGUUGGAACGAGUCGCUGAUGUAUUUGGGCCGCAGAUUUCUUACAGAACAUGUCCGCUUCCGCUGAUGUGUUGGCCAUGGCAAAGGUCGAGGUCGACCUCGCAGCUAUUCCAGAGGGCAAGAACGUACGUAGACACAUAAACUGGGUUGGCAUAUUUGUACGGUUGGAAUACUGACUUGGGCAGGUCAUUAUCAAAUGGCGUGGAAAGCCUGUCUUCGUUCGUCACAGAACCCCGGAUGAGAUUAAGCAAGCCGAGAGCGUUGAUGUCCAAUCAUUGAGAGACCCUCAAAGCGAUGCUGAUCGUGUUAAGCAGCCGGAGUGGUUGGUUAUGGUUGGUACGUUAUAACUGUCCCAGCUUCCAAACGACGUCGGGAACACAUGAUCCUAAUGAAUUCUAGGUGUCUGCACACAUUUGGGAUGUGUACCAAUUGGUGAAGCUGGUGAUUUUGGAGGAUGGUUCUGCCCUUGCCAUGGUUCCCACUAUGAUAUUUCCGGACGUAUAAGAAAAGGACCAGCCCCACUCAACCUCGAAAUUCCACAGUACGAGUUCGCCGAGGAAUCAUCGCUUGUUAUUGGUUAGAGAGGGUUAAUUGUAUUUUGUGCCCAGAAGUUUUCAUUUGUGGAAGGGGGGGCAGUGAUGAAUGGGAUGGGUGAGAAGGGACGACGUAGAAGGAAGGAGUGCAGAGAUGCCUUUGUACAAAAGAUUAUAGAGAAAGCAUUUCAAAACGACUUCAAGUACUGCCGAAAUUUUGACAGGUGA